AAGCCCCCAAAAAGCCCUGCGCGUGCUGCUCGGAACCCCGCUGUGCCACCGGCGAGCACCUUUCCGCACCGCAACGCCCCCCCCCGUCCCCCCCCCGGGGCUCGAGAGCGAGUACCGGUUAUCGAUCGAGACAGAAUGAGGACGUUCCUGCCCUUCGUCCUCUGGACGCUGCUCUGCUGCCCGGCCGCUCGGGCAGAAAUCUUCACCUCCAUCAGCCAGAUGACCGACCUGAUCUACACGGAGAAAGAGCUGGUCCAGUCCCUGAGGGAUUACAUCCGAGCAGAGGAGUCCAAGCUGGCCGCGGUCAAAAGCUGGGCCCACAGACUUGACGAUCUGACCAGGGUGACCACCUCUGACCCGGAGGGGUACCUGGCUCACCCGGUGAACGCCUACAAGCUGAUGAAGAGGCUCAACACGCAGUGGUCCGAGCUGGAGACUCUGGUGCUGCAGAACCCCUCUGACGGCUUCAUCUCCAACAUGUCGGUGCACAGACAGUACUUUCCGGGUGAUGAGGACGAGACGGGUGCAGCCAAGGCGUUGAUGCGUCUUCAGGACACGUACCAACUGGAUUCAGAGGCCUUCUCCAGAGGAAAGCUGCCAGGUUUGCACCACAACGCCCUGCUGUCCGUGGACGACUGCUUCGACAUGGGGAAGACGGCGUACAACGACGAGGACUACUACCACGCCGUGCUGUGGAUGCAGCAGGCCCUGAAGCAGCUGGACGGCGGGGAGGAAUCCGUGGGCUCCAAAGCGGACAUUUUGGAUUACCUCAGCUACUCCGUCUACCAGAUGGGAGACCUGGCCCGAGCCAUCGAGCUGACGCGGCGCCUGGUGGCCAUCGCCCCCACCCACCAGAGGGCCGGAGGGAACCUGCGGUACUUUGAGCACCUGCUGCUGAAGCAGCUCAACGAGCAGAACCAGGACUACCCGCCGGCCCCCGAGGAGCCCAUCCGGCUGGGGACCUACAGGAGACCCAAAGACCACCUCCCGGAGAGGGAGGCCUACGAGGCGCUCUGCAGGGGCGAGGGGCUCCAGAUGAACGAGGCCAGGCGCAGCCGCCUCUUCUGCCGCUACCACGACGGGCGGAGGAACCCCCGCCUGCUGCUGAAGCCCAUGAAGGAGGAGGACGAGUGGGACAGCCCCCACAUCGUACGCUACCUGGAGAUGCUGUCCCACGAGGAGACGGAGAGGAUCAAGGAGCUGGCUAAACCCAAGCUGGCCAGAGCUACAGUCCGAGACCCCAAAACCGGCGUCCUGACCACCGCCAACUACAGAGUAUCAAAAAGCGCGUGGUUGGAAGAAGAAGACGACCCGGUGAUCGCCCGAGUCAACCAGAGAAUAGAAGACAUCACGGGCCUUGAAUUAGACACGGCCGAGUUACUACAGGUGGCUAACUAUGGAGUCGGAGGACAGUAUGAGCCACAUUACGACUUCUCGAGGCGUCCUUUUGACAGCAACCUCAAGCGUGAUGGCAAUAGACUUGCAACCUUCCUGAACUACAAAGAUGAGCCUGAUGCUUUCAAAAGAUUAGGCACUGGAAAUCGCGUGGCGACUUUUUUAAACUACAUGAGUGACGUCGAGGCCGGAGGAGCCACCGUGUUCCCCGACUUCGGAGCAGCAAUCCGUCCGAAAAAGGGGACGGCGGUGUUCUGGUUCAACCUGUUCAGGAGCGGCGAGGGAGACUACCGGACCCGACACGCCGCCUGCCCCGUCUUAGUGGGAAGCAAAUGGGUCUCAAACAAGUGGAUCCACGAGCGCGGGCAGGAGUUCAGGAGGCCGUGUGGCUUAACAGAAGUGGACUGAAGCUUGACCCCCACCUGAACAUGCUAAAAACAUGAACACGUGUCUCUCUACUCGUCUUCAGCAUGUGUACAUAUUUUAUUAGAACAUUAAAAGCAUUUUUUGUAUGAA